AUGUCCGGCCCGAUUCUUUUCGGCCUGGCGGCAGCGGCCACCUUCUUGGGGAUUCGUUACGCCCCUCGGGUGGCCAGUGCCGCACGCAAUGCCAUCCGCAUGGCCACCGCGCAGAAGACCAUGCAUGAGCAGGCCCGCGGCCGGGCCGGUAAGACAGACAGCGACCCCGGAUCCGGGCGCUCCGAGAGUGCCUACCAAGACUGGAUCCGUCAGCAGCAGCAGCAGCAGCAACAACAACAGCAGGGCCGACCACGCGGCCCGAGCCAGUCCUCCUUCCAGCAGGGACAAUAUCAACAGACACAGCAGCAGCAGGGGCAGACGGGCCAGGUGCCCCCCUUCACCUUCCGCUUCACCUUACCGAAUGGCACGGUGUUCACCUUCAGCUCCGAUGGCGCCGGGCCCUCAUUCUCCAGCUCGAACCCCAUCUUCAACACCAUCUUCGAGCACAUCCGCCGGUCGGGAGCCACGGCGUCCCAGCAGCAGCAGCAGCAGCACCAGCAGCAGCGCUACCAGCAGGCGCGCCAGCAGCAGCAAGAUCGCUUCCGGGACUUUUAUGAGCAGUUUCACCAGCAGCAGCAGCAGCAGCAGCAGCAGCAGCAGCAUCGCCAGCAGUCGUCGUACGGUGGCGGCUCUCGGGCCGGGUCCUCCAGUUCCAACUUCAUGACCCGCUCGGACGCCCUGCAAAUCCUUGGUCUCCGGUCCCACCCGCCCCCGACCGAGAAGGAGAUCGGUGCUGCCUAUCGCAAGCUGAUGUUGGUGAAUCACCCCGACCGCGGCGGCUCGCCUGAGAAGACUGCCAAAAUCAAUGAGGCGCGGUCCAUCCUCCUGCGUGGGCUUGGUCGGUGAGGCGGUGCCGGGGCACCUGUGCGAACGGCAGGCCCCCCCCCCCCC